AUGUAUUCUAAUUCUAAGAUUGUCGUUUUAGAAGCGUCUCAGGACGACUACGAGAGGAGGGAACGAGCAAUUGAAAAAAGACAAAGAGAUAGGAAAGAUCAGCGUGAUGGUGCUGCAACUCGUCAAGAAAGACAUAUAGCCCGAAUUGAAAUUACCAACACUGUAGAGAAUGAACGGAUUCCUAGAGAGCAGAGAGAUGAUGAAAACGAUGUCAGAAGGGUAGUCACACGAACUCGUGAAGCAACUGCAAUGCAAAGAAACUCUUCAGAACACAAAAAUGCUCAAGUAAAGUCCAGCUCGCACUCAAUUCCACCACCUCCACCUGCUCCAAGCGUGAGAAUAACCGGAUUCAAAGUAAUUCCCAACAAAGUUGUUGCCGAAGAGUGCGAUCAGCUUUAUGAAACGAGAGGAGACGAACAGUUUGAGCGUCAACUUAAACCACUUGAAAGAAAGCUACUGGUGAGAGAAGCAUCUGAAAGGCAUCAGCGCGUACCUCAGGCCGAACAAAUGUCGGGUAAGAUGGUAGUCGUGAACAUGGGAAGAAUACCUCAAACUCGAACGGGGCGUGGGAUCGACUCCACGCCCGAUGCGAAUAGAAACCCUUCGACGAAUCCAUUUUUGAAAGGGACAGAGAAGAGACGUGAAGACGUUGGCGCUAUGCCCAAUCAGCAGAUUAAUAAUGUACAAGAGGUUGUACAGAGGAUGAACAGCGGCGAAUGGCCGAUAAAAAUCGACGAGGAGGAAACCAGGACGAAGGUCAAUGUUGGCCAAAACAGAGAACAACGUGAGCUUGCGAACCAAAAGGAAGGUAAAGCUCAUAACUGGGAGACACUACAAAAGAACAGGCCAACGAGAGAGUCCGGCAGAAGGGAAAAGAAUGUUCUCGAACAAGAGCAGCCCAGAGAACAUCAAAGAGAAGAGCAAAGCAGGGGCAAAGGCUCAAAGAUGGAGCAGGAACAUGCACAAGGAAGAACAAAAGGUGAAACGUUUUGA